AUGCCCAUCUUCCAGGACGAUAUCGAACAUGUACCGCCAGCCUCCAGCCCAUCCGGGUCCAUAAGCAUCGAGCCAGCAGGAUCGAGGAGUCGUCGCUUUUCCGAAGAAAGCCUACGCCUCGAACUAUGUGAAGGGCCAAUUCCCGAUAGCCCUGAGGCUCGCCCGUCGAUACCCAAGAGCGAUGAGGAGACCAGGAUAUCUGAUAGAGCCGAGCUGAUUCAGAGGUUGAAACGGGGAGAGAGCCCAACUUGGGUUCCCAACAGACAUCUCGAAACAAUCCUCCAACACGAUAAAUCGAACAGUCAAGAGGACCAGACGCAGGCGUCUCCCGAAUCCCCGAGUCUCCUACCACCAGCACCAAUUACACCAGAGAAGAAUAAGUCGCCAGAGUCAGUCGACGAGAGAUUGCGAGAUGGACUUGGCAUUGAACGGCCGAGGUCGGCCUUACACAGCGGCGAUUUCACGAGUGACGGCUCAGCAUCCGAGAGUGGACAGCUCAGUGACUCGGGAAGGGAUAACAGCGAGGAACGGGUGCCGCCUCAGCAUACCUGGUUUUCAACAACGCCGCCGAGAGGCUUUACACCAUUUUCAUAUGGCGCCAGAGCCCAGCUGAUAGAAAGCAAUACCAUCGAUGGUUUCAAAUCUGACCCAUCGUUACUGUCGACGUCGCUGUCUAGCUUCGUGUACCAGCCGCCGACCAGUCCUCUCGCACAGUCUGAGACGAAUGAAGACAUUGACUUGGCCGUGCCGUCGGAAUUUCCAUCCACUACAUUUAACACCACAAGGCGACAUACUCUCACCUCUAGCCAUGCUACACCAUUCUUCUCACCUUCCCCUUCAAGGUCCCGGCUACAAUCUCGCUUUUCAUCGCGGCAGGGUGCCUUGCCAUAUCAAGCUCACCAGCCUCGCCGCUCGUUAACAUCCGCUCCCACUUUUCUCCAAGGCCAUCAUCAUCAUCAUUUCCUCACUACUCAGACGCCAGCAUUUCUGCGCUCGCGACGACAAUCUUUCGGCUCGGAUGCCACUUCGCCAAUCCAACAUGCUUCCAUGGUCGGAUCCUACGAAGAAAGCAUUCUGCGCGGCCGCAUGUCGACAACACCAUCGCAACCAUUCGAAUUCUUGGCCCAGAUUGGCGUCUUGGGGAAAGGUAACUGCAAGCCGAGUCUUCGAUGCCCACGGCAUGUGACGCUCCCUUUUCCCGCCGUGUACUAUAGAUACAGUAGCACUCCGCAGGGAGCAUCGCCUCUCGAAGACGGCCCCAGCCCGUAUGUUGGCCUGGUUGACUUGGAGAACGGCCUUUCUAAUCCAGAGGAGGAGUCGAGGUCGCGGAAGAAGGCCCAGAGUCGGUAUAGUGACAGAAAGCAGCAGGCCAGCAACGAAACCGCCAGGGUGGAUGGUGAAGGCGUUGAAGUAGAUCGGGAACGAUCCAAGGCUACCGGGCUCAGGCGCCCGUCGGGGUCUGCGAGAGCACCUCCGGGAGGAAGCUAUAGAAUCCCUGAAACUGGCCAAAUCCAGAUCAUUAUCAAGAAUCAAAACAAAACAGCUGUCAAACUCUUUCUCGUGCCCUAUGACUUGACUGGCAUGACGCCAGGGACGAAAACUUUCAUCCGCCAGCGCAGUUAUUCUGCUGGCCCUAUAAUCGAUAAUGUGCCCAACAUGCCCAAGGCGGACAUGGACCGUCCCAUCCUCAGAUAUCUCAUUCAUUUGCACAUCUGCUCUCCUAGCAAGGGGCGCUUCUACUUGUACAAAAGCAUUCGCAUCGUUUUUGCAAACCGGGUGCCCGAUGGGAAAGAAAAGCUACGCAACGAAACUACGCUGCCUGAACCGCGGUUCUCGCCAUACAAGCCCAUCAGGGCAAUGAACCAUGCGUUUCCGAGCCACGGCAGCAGUGCGGGAGCCAGGCUGGCCAGCGAGAAGGCUCUGCGGCGACGCAGUCUGGGCAUCUUCGUGGGUAGCAAGACGCCGACGUUUGACAGCAUGGAUGGCAUUGCGUCCUCGCCUGACCAGAUGACCAUGAUGGCCCCGUCGCACAGCUUUGGUCGCGGCAGUGCCACUCCCGUAGAUUCGGUAUCACCACUCCAUCCACAGUCAGAUGCCACAGACGGCGGCGGCAAUGAUGAUGAUGAUAUUGGUAUCACUACGGGACUCGGCCCACCAGGCGCUUUGUCUUCACAGGCCAACGGUGGCCUGUCCUCUCGAGGUCCUCAUGAUGCUGGCAUUUGGGGCCCAGCGCAGUACGAAAAACUCGACAAAGACGAUGCUCGUUAUGGUGGAAAUUCCUUUUAUCGCAUAACAGCUAGCGAUUCCUCCGGGAACGCUCCUGAAAGCCUGCUCUCUCAGCGUUUGCGUGGCUUGGGCGUUAAGCCU